AUGCCAGCCGACCAGCAGCCUUCGUACGUUGAGUCAGAUGAAUACCUUAUGGGAUUAUAUUCCGACAUCUGGGAGGUCAAUUCCCACUCAAACGGCUUGCCUUCAUCAUACACUGCGUCUCAGAUGUAUGAUCUUAAUAUUCAAGACCAGCGUCAUCAUUUGACAACCGCUGGCAUGUAUUCCGAUUUAGGUACAGAUAUUUCGUUCAAAGGCCGAGUUGGAAGAGGCUUGAUUUCUAUCGAGGAUAUCAUGAAAAGUGAGGACGCCUCUGGUCCUUUCAUAUCUGAAAUCAGCAAGGCGGCCUACGAAGAUCACUUCCCUCUCCAUACUCUACGGUACAUCUUUGUUACUAACAGAGGCACGCAGAAGAUUUCCCGAGUCGCCUUGUGGAAAACUGGACAGUAUGCCAAUUUUAUCCAGGCCCGGUUCGAUAUUGAGAAAGUCUACGUUAAGUCAUCUGAAUACGGAGACAUUGCUGACAUUUAG